UUGAUUUCUGUAUCUCAUUGGCCACUUGAAUGAAUCAUCCACUUACUUUCUUAUCAAGCCAUUCCAUACCAUCAUGAGUAGUAGUGCUUCAUCUCAUCAACACCAACUUCAUAGAAAUACAGACACUCGUGAGGCUGGAACAACGAAAGCCCAUCAUAGCACACGUGUUUCCUCACGAAGGACGGCUACAAGUGGAACAACGGAGAAGCCACCAAGUGUAUUUCUUUGCAAACCUCGUUAUAUGAAUAACCUUCCCGAACCACCAUUUCUUCCCAAAAUGUAUAAUCUGGAAGUAGAAACUUCUCAAUAUGCAAAGUAUCGUAUUUCUUCUUUGGAAAGCAGCUACAAACCCAAGUUGGAAACGGGACCAGCCUUGGGUAUAUGGGUUGAUUGGGUAACACCAGAAGAGGAACAACAACUUGGAGAAGGGGAACCUUUAACUGCAGAAGAAGAGGAAAUACUUGCUCAAGUAGAAAACUCUCAGGAAAGUAAACGAAAGUUUUCGGUUCCUUCCUGGAUGAGACGAACUGGAUAUGACGAGUUUUCUGAACUAAGGGCAAAUAAGAAUAUAUCGCAGUAUCCCAAUUCAGAUGGAAGUUCUUCUUUAAAGCAGCAGCGUUCACUAUCGGAGACGAUACAAGACGAGUUUGAGGCUGCAAAGCAAGUUCCUGUACAUCCCGAUCCUCGCAAACGUCAUUUAAAACCUGUGCAAGUCCUUCCAGUGUUUCCAGAUUUUGAAAAUUGGCCAGACAAGUUUGUUGUUUUACAGUUUGACUCGAAUCCUUCUGAAGAAAUAGAAAGUCAUCAAGAUACUCAACGUAUUGUGGAAGAGUUUAUAGAAAACGCCUUAACCGUUGCUUUUACUAACCAAAGCGGAGAACGUUUUCUGUCGUAUUAUAUACCCACAGAAAAUACUAUCGAAAAUAGAAAAUCACAACAUUGGGAAGAAACCAUGAAGAAGAAUAAUACCAUAGAAGACUAUGAGUUAUUAAGGGAGUAUACUUUUGUAACGAGACCAGAAGAGGGCAAUAGAAGUUUCGUUUUCCUACAAGAUGAUCAAGUAGUUCGCUACUUUCCUGUUACUAGUAAACUUUUUUUAUAUAGACGGAUACGUCGUCAAGAAACCUCUCAGCCUGGACAGCCUAUUUUGUGGGUUCAUAGACGUCCUUUUACGGAGAAAGAAGAAAAUGAAAGAAAUGAAGUUAUAACUGAGUUGUAUGGAGAGAACAACAAAACUUUGUCAGAAAAUACAAAUGCUGAAGAAAUAAUACGACAAUUGGAAGAAGAUGAAUAGAGUGAGAUGGAAAGUGUCCAACUUUACUACUAUGUGCUGUUAGCGCUAGUGAAUAGCAACUCUACUUGUGUCCAAAUUAUUUUCUUUCUCUCAUGCUCUUUUUACAUAAAAGUUACUUACAACAA